UACCACUUUGCUGUUCCCGGCGCGCACUGCAAGCCAAAUCAAGCACCCCGUGGCAAGCAGACCGUAAACUCCGCCCUCUUGUCUCUGCACAGUGUGACAGUGUUGAAAGAUAUAGGUCGAUGCGAUCAAGUAUAACGGUGUGCCAUCAAAGCCAUCGGGAUGCUCUCUGCAGCUGCUUCAGGCAAAGUUGGGUUCAGUAUGGGGAUGGGAGUGGGCAGGUGUGUGUCAGCCUGGUUAAGAGGGUCCCCCAAUGCCCUGAACAGAAGGAGGGACUGGGACCCCUCUCCCAGGUACAGCACCACAGCAGCCAAACCCAGCACCCCGUCCUUCAACUAUGUCAUCGUGGGCGCUGGCUCGGCGGGCUGCGUCCUGGCCAACCGUCUCACGGAGGAUCCCCAGGAGUCAGUGCUCCUGCUGGAGGCCGGCCCUAAGGACAGGACCCUGGGCAACGUCCGCCUCUCCUGGAAGAUCCACAUGCCGGCCGCCCUCACCUACAACCUGUGUGACGACAAGGUCAACUGGUUCUACCACACCCUGCCCCAGGAGCACAUGAACAACCGGGUGAUGUACUGGCCCCGCGGCAGGGUGUGGGGUGGCUCCUCCUCUCUCAACGCCAUGGUGUACAUCCGGGGCCACGGUGAGGACUACAACCGCUGGCAGAGGGAGGGGGCGGAGGGCUGGGACUACGACCACUGCCUACCCUACUUCCGCAAGGCCCAGUGCCACGAGCUGGGAGGCGACCGGUACCGGGGAGGCAGCGGGCCCCUGCAUGUGUCCCGGGGGAAGACGAACCACCCUCUACACCGGGCCUUCAUAGAGGCUGGCCAGCAGGCUGGGUACCCCUUCACUAAUGACAUGAACGGCUUUCAGCAGGAGGGCUUGGGCUGGAUGGACAUGACCAUCUAUGAAGGUAAGAGGUGGAGCACAGCCAGUGCGUACCUGCGGCCGGUCCUUAACCGAGCCAACCUGAGGACAGAGGUGCAAUGUCUGACCACCAGGAUCCUGUUUGAUGGGAGGAGAGCUGUGGGUGUGGAGUACACUCAGAACGGGGAGAAGAAGCAGGUUUUUGCUGAAAAGGAGGUCAUUCUCAGUGGUGGGGCCAUCAACUCCCCACAGCUUCUCAUGCUGUCCGGGGUGGGCAACGCUGAUGACCUGAAACAGCUAGACAUCCCUGUGGUCCAGCAUCUACCAGGAGUGGGCAGUAAUCUUCAGGAUCACCUGGAGCUGUAUGUUCAGCAGCAGUGCACUCAGCCCAUCACCCUGUACAAGGCCCAGAAGCCUUUCCACAUGGUCAAGAUUGGCCUGGAGUGGCUCCUCCAAUAUACAGGAUACGGGGCCACGGCCCACCUGGAGAGCGGGGGCUUCAUCCGGAGCAGAGGGGGCGUGGCCCACCCCGACAUCCAGUUCCACUUUCUGCCCUCGCAGGUCAUCGACCACGGCCGCGUCGCCUCCAAGAUAGAAGCUUACCAGGUUCACGUGGGACCAAUGAGAAGUACUAGUAUUGGAUGGUUAAAGCUGAAGAGCGCCAGCCCUCUAGAGCACCCAAUCAUCCAGCCCAACUACCUCUCAACAGACACAGAUGUAUGGGAGUUCAGGGAGUGUGUCAAGCUUUCUCGGGAGAUCUUCUCCCAGAAGGCCUUCGACCCAUUCCGGGGGCCCGAGGUACAGCCAGGGCCUGAGUGUCAGUCAGACGCCGAGAUUGAUGCGUUUGUGCGUCACAAGGCUGACAGCGCCUACCAUCCGUCCUGCACGUGUAAGAUGGGUUCUCCGUCUGACCCAAUGGCGGUGGUGGACCCAGAGACGCGCGUGCUGGGCCUCGAGGGCCUCCGUGUGGUCGACGCCUCCAUCAUGCCCAGCGUCGUCAGCGGCAACCUCAACGCCCCCACCAUUAUGAUCGCGGAGAAGGCUGCUGACAUCAUCAGAGGGCGACCGGCGCUCAGCGACCCCGGGGUGCCUGUGUACCAGCCGGGAUCUCUAGAGACCCAGCGAUGAGCUUCACACAGACGUGUGGAACCUGCAGCGUUGCCAUCUCCUAAGGGCCUGAACAGCCAGAGGUGGAUGCUAGGUACUCAUGUACACAUCCGUCUGUCUUUACCGUCAAAGUUUCUCUUUUUUACGAUUGAUAUGUAAUUCUUUUUUUUCUUUUUUUAAGUAGCGUAAAAAGUACAGAUAAGCCUUCCAUUGUCUAACCCGUCCAUUGGUGUAAAAUUCUGGCAGAGCUUGUACCUUCAAGGUUCUCAGUGGCAGCUGCUUUUUUUUCGUUAUUUAAUACUCAGUAUCAGGAAGAUGUAGUAGACUCCGUUGGAAGUCAAUAAAGUGCCAAGGCAUGCUAACCAGCAGAAACUACAACCCUAAGAAUCACUGUUGAUUGCAGUGUUCCCUACUUUCCUGAUAAUGCUGGUUUUCUGUCCAACCCCUCUCUCCAUUUACAAUGAGAGAGAGCUGGGACGUCUGUUUCACUGCACUAUUGACAUUUCAUAUGAAUAAUAAAUGAAGUAAAUAAUUCAAUUUCUAUGUGGUAAACACUAGAUAAAGGUAGUUACCUGAAUUCAGAAACAUUAAUCAACCUUUGAAAGACUAAUUUCCCAGUGAGUUUCUGAUGUGAUUUAAUCGUUCUCUGGGUAGUAUUCUUACAUUUAUGUUUACAAUUAUUUGAAAAUGAUUUAUGAAGGAUUUAAGCUUUUGAUAGUUGCCUUGCCAAUCAUGAAAGUGUCUUUGAAGUAUGUUGUCUUGAUUGAAGUGCCUUAAAUGAAGUAUGUUUGGUAUGAUACAUCUUAUGGUACUCUAUUGAUUAUUAUAAACCGGGUGGUUCGAGCCCUGAAAGCAGAUUGACUGACAGCCGUGGAAUAUCAGACCGUAUACCACAGGAAUGACAAAACAUUUAUUUGUACUGCUCCAAUUACGUUCAUAACCAGUUUAUAAUAGCAAUAAGGCACCUCAGGGGUUUGUGGUAUAUGGCCAAAAUACCAUGGCUAAAGGCUGUAUCCAGGCACUCCACGUUGCGUCAUGCAUAAGAACAUCCCUUAGCCGUGGUAUAUUGGCCACAUACCACACCCCCUUGUGCCUUAUUGCUUAAUUUGAGCAGAGCUGCAAUAAUAUGUUACAGUAGUAUUCUCAUACACUUGCAUACUAUUAACCCGUAUGUUCAUGCUAGCCUUAACAAUGUGACUUCUAAAUCUUAGUGCUCUACUCCGCAUAGUAGUUGUUUUGGCGGUGUCCGAGGUGGGACAGCGUUAGAGCUGUCAAAUCCACAAGUGGCUCCCGGCCUUAUACCUAAAACAGACAUUGCCAUUGGCCGCACAGAGUCACAUUAAGAGAAAUCCCAUGCAGCCUUGUUUACAAGUUCGAACACUGGAAUGUGAGAUGUCAUCUCGGGCCUAGAUUAAAUCAGAUCAAGCGUGAUCCGGCGAUAGCCAACACCCACACAGCAGAUGUUUUGGCAGUGUCUGAGGUGUAACUGCGUUGGAGCUGUCAGAUUGGUGAGCAGCUGCUCUUGUGAUCAUUGUCACGAAGCCGCACAUGUCCCCGUUACGUUAGAAGUUCAGAACCAGGAAAUAUAGAAAUGACGCUAAAAAUGAAAAUCAUUAAACGAAAUUAGGAUUUCUAUCAACCUAAUCCAGGUGUAGAUUACAUCUCAACAUUCCAGUGUUAAAACUUGUAAACAAGGCUGCAUGGGAUUUAUGUUAAUGCGACUCCGUGCAACCAAUGGCAAUGUCCGCUUUAGGUAUAAAGGACCGCUGGUGGAGUCGUCAAAACAACCACUAUGCGGAUGUCGGGUAAAGUGGAUCUGAUUGAGUAGAGCCCUUGAGCUGAUUGAAUCUAGGACCUUACAUGAACGCUUUGCACACCGAUUUUUAGCGCAGACUCAAGAACAGCUGUGAUUGUGAAAAUAAUAUUCCUUAGAAAUCCUUGUAAGAUUUGAUUAUCUUUCUAAUUCCUGCCGGCUGAGUACGUAGAGCACAGAUGCUGUCCUCUGGAGGCAUUUAGUGCCGUAGAGUUUAUUCAGUUGUGAACAUUAGAAAAUCAUCAGCAGUCCAUUUGUAUUUCCAGGCAAAUAUUCAAGAGACUCAAGCAAAUGUAAAAAAUAAAUAAAAAGUACUACAUUUUUAGGUAAAACUAAUUUGCUACUAAGUGGAAUUAGCUGUAACUUUAGCGGGUAGAAAUCUUCAAGUACAGUGAAUCAUUUUAACUGUCAUUUACACAUUCUGUACAGGUUUUUAACAUUACCAUCAACAUUUCAAUGCAUCUUUAAAACAGAAGUAGUCCAAAAAAAAUAAAGCUGUGCACAAGUUGUAUAACAAACCUU